AUGGCGGCGUUGAGCAGCGCCGAGUCCCCACCGCCCGUCUUUAACGGAGAAACCACGGAGCGGGAGCCGGGCAGGGAGCGGGGCCUGGAGGAGCUGGGCGCCGGGCUGGACCCCUCCUGCUCGUCGGGGAUCCCUGGAGGUCCGCAGGAUGAGGAGAUCUGGAACAUCAAACAGAUGAUUAAGCUGACACAAGAACAUUUAGAGGCUCUUCUGGACAAGUUUGGGGGAGAACACAAUCCUCCCUCCAUAUAUCUAGAGGCCUAUGAGGAGUACACCAGUAAACUAGACGCCCUGCAGCAGAGGGAGCAGCAGCUGCUGGAGGCCAUGGGCAACGGUGCAGACUUCUCCUGUUCUCCUUCUCCUGUGCCAGCUCUUCUGGAGGUCAAGAUGGGAGGUUGUGGGAUCGGAGGGGGCCCCCAGACCUUUCCCUCUGCCCCUAACACGUUGGCGGUCCUGCAGACACCCACCGACGCCAGCCGAGCCAACCCUCGCUCCCCUCAGAAGCCCAUCGUCAGGGUCUUCCUGCCUAACAAACAGAGAACCGUGGUCCCGGCUCGCUGUGGGAUGACUGUGAGAGACUCCCUAAAGAAAGCUCUGAUGAUGCGAGGACUCAUUCCGGAGUGCUGUGCAGUAUACAGGAUACAGGAUGGAGAGAAGAAGCCUAUUGGCUGGGACACGGAUAUCUCCUGGCUAACAGGAGAAGAGCUGCAUGUAGAAGUGUUGGAGAAUGUGCCACUUACCACACACAACUUUGUGAGGAAGACGUUCUUCACUCUGGCCUUCUGUGACUUCUGCAGGAAGCUGCUGUUCCAGGGUUUCCGCUGUCAGACCUGUGGCUACAAGUUCCACCAGCGCUGCAGCACUGAAGUUCCCCUCAUGUGUGUCAACUACGACCAGCUAGACUUGUUGCUAGUGUCCAAGUUCUUCGAGCAUCACCCGUUCACCCAGGAGGAGGUCUCCUCAGAGGGAACCACACCUGUGUCUGAGGCCUGUCCAUCACUCCCUCCAUCUGACUCCACCGGGUCUAUAUGCCACACCACUGUGUCCCCGUCCAAGUCCAUACCCAUCCCACCCAGUUUCCGGCCCAACGAGGAGGACCACCGCAACCAGUUUGGUCAGAGGGACCGUUCGUCCUCCGCUCCCAACGUCCAUAUCAACACUAUCGAACCUGUCAACAUCGAUGACCUGAUUCGAGAUCAGGGCUUGCCGAGGUCAGAUGGAGGCUCCACCACAGGGCUGUCGGCCACGCCUCCCGCCUCUCUGCCCGGCUCUCUGACUAGUGUCAAGGUCCCACAGAAGUCACCAUGCCAACAGAGGGAACGCAAGUCGUCCUCCUCAUCCGAGGACCGCAAUAAGAUGAAAACCCUGGGGAGAAGGGACUCCAGUGACGACUGGGAAAUCCCAGAGGGUCAGAUCACUCUGGGUCAGAGGAUAGGCUCUGGAUCCUUUGGAACUGUCUUCAAGGGAAAGUGGCAUGGUGAUGUGGCAGUGAAGAUGCUGAAUGUCACUGCUCCCACGCCGCAGCAGCUUCAGGCCUUCAAGAAUGAAGUUGGAGUCCUCAGGAAAACACGUCAUGUGAACAUCCUGCUGUUCAUGGGCUACACCACCAAGCCCCAGCUGGCCAUUGUGACCCAGUGGUGCGAAGGUUCCAGUCUAUACCACCACCUGCACAUCAUCGAAACCAAGUUUGAGAUGAUCAAGUUGAUCGACAUCGCCCGGCAGACUGCUCAGGGCAUGGAUUACCUGCACGCCAAGUCCAUCAUCCACAGAGAUCUGAAGAGCAACAAUAUUUUCCUCCACGAGGAUCUGACGGUAAAGAUCGGGGACUUUGGUCUGGCCACAGUCAAGUCCCGCUGGAGUGGCUCCCAUCAGUUUGAACAGCUGUCUGGCUCUAUACUAUGGAUGGCCCCAGAGGUGAUCCGGCUGCAGGACAAGAAUCCCUACAGCUUCCAGUCGGACGUCUACGCCUUCGGCAUAGUGCUGUACGAGCUCAUGUCAGGAGCCCUGCCCUACUCCAACAUCAACAACAGAGACCAGAUCAUCUUCAUGGUAGGACGAGGAUACCUGUCUCCUGACCUCAGUAAGGUGCGCAGCAAUUGUCCGAAGGCCAUGAAGAGACUGAUGGCUGACUGCCUGAAGAAGAAGAGAGAAGAGCGACCUCUCUUCCCUCAGAUCUUGGCAUCCAUUGAGCUGCUGGCUCGCUCAUUACCCAAAAUCCACCGCAGCGCCUCAGAGCCUUCAUUAAACCGAGCCGGCUUUCAGACAGAGGACUUCAGCUUGUACGCCUGCGCCUCACCUAAAACCCCCAUUCAAGCUGGAGGUUACGGAGAGUUUUCAGCAUUUAAGUAAGUGCUGCGGAUCCCACCAAUCCAUCCCUCGUCACUUCUCAAAAGUCUUGUGUCCCUGCGGUGGAUUCAUUCAUUACUGAAAACAAACUGAAAAAUUUGUCUUGAAGAAUGUGCUGUUUUCUUCCUCUGUCACCCUGAAGACGGCGGCCUCACUGGAGUCCUUCCAACAACAAGCUAUCCAGCAGGCUAAUGGCCACAGCGACGGAGAAUUAGGAAAAAGUACAAAACAAAAAAACAGCCUUGAUUUAAACAAAAAGUUAAACAACAAAAAAAGCAAAAAAAAACAGAUAAACUAGACUCAAAGAUAUCCAUACCAGAGGAGAGGGGGAACUCCACGGAUCAACUUCCCUGCUGGAAGGAAAAGAUGAAGACAAAGAGAAAGGACGUGGAGGUGAAUGAAGGAGCAUCUGGUCCUGUCAUUUUCUGUGUGGAUGAGGACGGAGGCUGGGAUAUCGGCCAGACGUUGAACUGGACUUUGAGCGACGGCAGAACGGGUCUGUGGAAGGAGAACAGGCCUCCCAUCCGUCGGCUGAUUGAAGGCCAGGCGUGGGCCCAUACCUGAGGGGGAGCUGGAGGGCGCUCAGGGGGGUUCACCCCGACAGAAGAGGACUUGAAAGAUAGAUCUAUUUUUAUUUUUUCAUUUGUUUCUCAUGUUUCAGAUUUUAGCUAACAGUUGCUAGGAAUGCUAAGCUUUUUGUCCUCUGCAUCUUUUUGAAGAGAUGGUAGACAUCUUAGAAGAAAGCUUUCCUCCUGGUCGAACAGCACAGGCCUUUGCUUUUUUUCUUUCUUUCUUCACUUUUUUGGCUUACUGCGGACCAAAUUCUGCAACGUACUGUAGUUUGCCCCUCUUGUUUGCCUCCAACAAAUUUGAAGCCCACGAUUAAAGAGAAGAAGCUCAGAACAGAUUUUUCUCUCUCAAAAAAAAAAAAUGGAACUUGUGAGUGAAGUGAAAGCAGGAGAAGCGGUUCUUUUCAUGUGUUUCUGCUAGAAAAGUCCACAGCCUGCACUUUUCUACCAACAGCAGGAGCUGUUCUUUGAGAGAAGAAAAUGCUCGUUUAUUUGGGAGGGGGAUCUACAUCAAGGUUUUUUUUAAUUACAUUUGAGAUGCCUGUCCUUCACCUACACAUGGUGUUAAUAUAGUGAGCUUUCACACUUCACCUUUUAAAGGAUUUCAUGUUUAUGCACAGCUGAGAGUGUGUACAGUACUUGUGGCUUUUCUGAGCUUCCAAGAUGUUACACAGCAUCUUUGCAAGAAAGCUUUUCCUUUGCUUGUCAUAUUUUCCCCAGAUUUUUUUAUUUUUUUUGACACCAAGUGCAUGUUGUUGUACUUUUUUUUGGAUCAUACUGCUUUCUUGUUGCACUCAGCUAAACAUGGGGACCUUACUUGUUGCAGCUGCUGAUUAAUGCGUUACCUGCUGAAGGGACCGGUGAUCUUCUGAAGACUUCUGUUAGUCUUGAAAAGUCAGGAAAUGUUAUCUCAAUCACACCUUUUACUUUCUCUAUACACAUGCACUUGUACUUUUUCAUUCCAGCAUGUGUUAAGGGUUGUAGGUUCUAUCACAGGUUCUUUUUAUUUUGUUAUCGUUGUCGUUUGCCUUUUUCUGUACAGGCAGGCCUGCAGAUAUUUACUUAUUUAUGUGAAUUUAUUUUGUUAGUUUGUUUUAUGGAUUUAUUUUCAGAAAUGCUUUAUUUGAAGCUGUCAGUCUUUCUUUUGACGCUUGUUAUCGUCUUUGUGACUCGUAUACUUGCACUUUGUUGAGAUGGAUUGAAGCAAAUGAGCAACUUGCCUUUCCUUUUUUAUUGAAGAAUAAAUUGUGACAUACAGAGCAGGUGACUGAAUGCGUUAUCUGCAGGGGCUGGACUAAACGUUUCGCUGUGAAGGCUCAGUUAUCACCUGAGGACUGUUUGUGCUAAAGCCUCCAGCAGCGAAUGUGCCGCCGUACCUACAGCGGUGAGAGCUGAGCGAAUGAGACUGCUGGCCUGAUGUUGUGCAGCACGCAGUUGACGCGUCCAUCCAAACGCUGAUAGAUACAUCGUCGGUGUGAUCAUGUGUGUAUUUCCAUCAUAAACCCAGGCAACCCCACCCACAGCAACUUACCUGUUCUCCUACAAAGUUGUUCCAUCUUUGUACAUCCAGGACAGAGACAGAGACUUACCACAGUCCUUGAUGGCCAACUCCUCUAAUUUACUGAAAGGCUUAUGAAGUGUGCUACAAGAAACAUGUUGACAAUACUAACUGGUGGGAAAUGUUCGUAGCAGCUUAGGUGUUGGGGAAAACCGUACUGGAUCGGUGCACGGGCUCAACCACUGGUUUUAUAAGGGGAGGUCAGUCGUGAGCGAGGAAGAGUUUCUCCUCCAUCUUUAAAUUCACGUUAUUUGCAGCUACUUCUUUUUAAAUUGUUUUCACCCACAUGUCACUUUUUUUUUUUUAAAGCUUAUUAAUAGCUGAGACGAUUUUCUCACAUCCAGUGAGUUUGUAUUGUCAACAUUCUUCUCGUUGCACAUUUUAGAAGCUACUCUGUGAAUGAAAUGUUAGAACUGACUCUGCAAGUCUAACUGGGGAAAAAAGAAAAAAAACUAAACAAAGGACACAUUCAACCAGUCCCAGAACAUCAGAUCUAAAGUGUGUCUGGACAAGAUGCACCAAAAUGACUUUAUAUGAACGUAUCACGCUGCUGUAGGGGGUUGAUGAGGGGUUUCCUAAAGCACUGAUAAUACAAAGAAUAAACUAAAGUACAUCUGUGUGAAGAUUGAUGUACUUCAGUUGACUUUGCAGCCUGCUGUAUGUUGCCUGGCUGCAAGGUUGGGGCAAAACUCUGAGGAUGCUUCAAGGUUUAUUAGAGGCUGCCGUAUCGUUCUCUUUGCUGACUCAGCAUGAAGACUGCCUGUGAACGCUACUGAUUGUGACAAAUGAGAUGGUUGUGAUGCUAAUGAACAGUCUGACAGGUUGGAAACAAACCUCCAGCUUUCUCAGACUUUUUGGUAGAGCACCAAAGGGAACAGGAACCUUCUAGUCCAGGCUGUAUGUAACUGUACACUACUUACCCAAACACCUGAUGGACCAGUUUGUUAAAACAAAAACAAAAAAAGUGGAGCAAUUAGCCGCUGAAGAGCCGCUGAACAUUUUUCUCACCAGACCUAGAAGGUGAGUGAAUUUUUAACUCAACAGUCAUCCGAUGAAAUGGAUGCUAAUGUUGCUAUGCUUUCACUGGAUGUGCAAACAGCAGGAGAAUUUAGGCCUUUUGUUUGUUUCUAUGAGGUGGCUGUAAUGUGGAGUCUUGAUUGAUGCAUUGUCCAUUAUAGACACUUAAAGGAAUCAUUCAGUCAUCUAAACCAUCAUCAUCUUAGCAGGAAUGUCUGCCAGUCUGAGUGAGUGUUGGCCAUCUUGUUGGCUCAUAUCGGCCUUUGUUGGUGAUUUCAGUGAGCGUCACCUGGAACUAAGAAGCAAACAGCAUCCUGUCACUGCAGCGUCUGGUUUCACCUGCAGCUCUUCAGACACAGUGAACCCCACUACGACUCCUAUCUCCCACAUAGCGUUCAUGCUAGGGUUAGACUGACGGACAGAGAGGAUGUGGGCCGUUUAAUAAACAUUACAUGUUGUCCUGCCACAAGGAAGCUUCCACAGCUGUCAGUAGCAUCACAACACAUCUAAGGACUUGUUUGGCUUGUGAAAGAGACCGAGUCUCUAGAGGUGUAAGUGCAACGAAGCUCUUGACAUUUUUUAGAAUAAUAAAGUUGCUCUGUCAUCAGCACAGAUAGGAUUCCAAUGACACAGGUCGCUAUGGCGCAGGAUGAGGUUGUGGGAGGACGGGAGUUUUGACUGAAGACUAAAGCUGCAGUUUUUGGGCUGAGAAUUAGGACAAAGUGGUGACUUUUUGUUGUUGUCACAAAGGCACCAAAAGACACAAAAUGUUAAAAGGUGAAAUGAGGAAAUAGAUGGUUGCAUGUACAUGAUACACGACUGCACCACCAGUGGGUCUUGAGCUCGCUAUACUGGGAUCAAACUGGUACAAAAAUCUGUUUUGAAGUAUUCAAAUUUAAAUUGUAUUUCAGACUCGAGUUAAAUUCUAGCUUCCAUCAGUCCCUUUACUUGUGCUGUUCAUGCGGCCUGUCAUGCUGAGGGCAGAGGGUGGUUCAUUUUGACGGGUUGUCAGUCACACAAUGCAAACAUGUACGGGUCAGUUCACCGAAAUGACUGGAAAUGUUUUCUCAUUCAUCAUCUAUUCAUUUUGAAAAAUGUUGUGUCAGUGGUAAGAUCUCUGUCUGCAGUCUGAUGGGUAACGCAGAGUUCCUUCUCAAGAAAGUUAUAUGGUGUGUUUUAUCAUCAGCUUCGGCUGCAGAUGGAGCACCAAGUCCUGCUUCUGCUGGUCACUUGUUCUCAGUUUACCAGACUCCGUCUUUAUGUUAAGGUUUUACGGGGUUAAGUAUUGGUCCCUAUGAAAUGUGGGUUGACUUUGACAGUUCAUUUUCACCUUGGAAGGAGUGGCUGCCAAAACAAGCUCACUUUGACUGUUACAUGCAGUUUGGAAGUUAAAGAAUGAACUGCCAAGGUCAGGUUUUACAGCCACACAGUCCCAGAGAUACUCAGGUCACGACAAGUUUAAGCAUCAAAACAACUUCCACUGAUGGAACGUGAUACAGCGAAGAGUUAGAAAGGACGUGAACCCCGAGUGGAAACAGAGUUUCUGCUUUGCAAGUCAGCCUCACAAGACAGAGCACAUGGCCUUCGUCCUCUUCUGCAGGCAGCAGCAUCCUCCACAGAGCUGUGUGUGCAGAUGGCAGUGGCAGCUUUCUGCUGUCCUGGAAUCAGCUGUUGGCUCACAUGACGGAACCCUAGGAAACAAACAGUAAUACCUUUCAGAGUGCUGUAUUUGUUUUCCUUUGCGAUCUUUAUUUUCUAUGAGAAUUUUAUCACAGAUGUAUAUCUGCUUGAGCUUCAUAGAAUCUACAGCAGCCAACGCUGAGCUCCGUGACUGCGGCUCCUCUCUCCUCCAGCCUCCUCUUAUCUCGCCACUCGCCCUCUGCUGCUCCUCCUCAUCCAAGACUUUCUGUUCAGCCUUUAUCUACUUUCAUGUUCCUUUUUCUUCUUUAACAUUCUCUCCAUCCUCCUUGCCUGCACCUUAAACCCAACAAUUCCAUUCAACUGUCAUGUAAAACUAUAUGGAGAUUUGUUUUGUUUUCACCUGUAAAUAGUUGUACAAAGGAAAUACUGUCAGUUUGCUAGGAGGCAUGGAGACUACACAUGUAACAAACUACAAAAUGUUCAAAAUACAGAGACAGACAUUUUGAUAGGCAGACUUCUGAGAAACACAGUUGAGUGUAAAAAUAUUUAAGGCUGUAUUAUAAGGAGAAAGAGCUUAAUGUAUUUGUUGUGAAUAUGAAAAACUGAUAUAUUAAAGAAGUGCAUGAAAACUGUA